AUGACUGCUGGUUCAGUGUGUGUCCCUCAGAUCAUACCACUUAGAGUGCCUCAGCCUGGAAAAGCUAACCAUGAAAUUGAUAACAACACACUAUUGGAAAUGAAAUCAGACACCCCAGAUGUCAGCAUAUAUUAUACCUUGGAUGGCAGCAAACCUGAAUUUCUAAAGAAAAUUGGUUAUGGUGAAAAUAAUACAUUUAAGUAUAUAAAACCUAUUACUCUACCUGAUGGAAAAAUACAAGUUAAAGCUAUUGCGGUCUCUAAAGACUGCAGACAAAGUGGCGUCGUAACGAAGGUGUUCCAGGUAGACUGUGAACCACCAAAUGCAGUCUCUACUGAAGACAGUGCUGACGAUGUUCUCAAAGAUUCAUCAAAGCAGGUAUUAAAAAAUGGAUUUGUUGGAUCAAAACAAAGGAAGAAAUACAAGAAUGCUGAAAAUAAACAUGGUUGGAAUGUUAGUUUUAGAAAGUUUCCAGAAAGCCCACUGGAAGUCCCAGCUUACCAUGAAGGAUCCGGUUCUAGACCACCCACACGCAUGUCCCAGUCCCCUGGUUUUGCACAUAUAAGGAGCCAAAAGAGUUUGACAAGCACGGAGAUCAUGAGAAUUCAAAGGGCGACAGACUUUCUCAAGUGUGCCCACUGCCUCUCUCCUCGCCCAGCAGAUCCCUUUGCUUUCUUCUGUCAAGAAUGCGGCUCUCAUGUGCCCCCCAUAUUUGGCUGUCGUCUCCCACCCCCAGAAGGAGCUCAGAUGGGCUUAUGUGCAGAGUGUGGAAACAUGGUUCCCAUGAACACCCCCAUCUGUGUGGUGUGCGAGGCCCCUCUCGCUCUGCAGCUGCAGCCUCAGGCCAGCCUCCGCCUGAAGGAGAGGGUGAUCUGCAGGGCUUGUGGGACGGGAAAUCCUGCUCACCUGAGGUACUGUGUCACCUGCGAAGGGACUCUGCCUUUGUCACCAGAGCUCGGGAUUCCUUCUGGCUACUCUGUUUGCCCUCAAUGUGGGGCCAGCAACCACCUGUCUGCCCGAUUCUGUGGCUCCUGUGGUAUUUAUGUGAAGUCUUCGGGGAGACUGAGCUUGAGCAGCGGCCUGGCUCUUCGUGCUGGGGAGCCGCGCCCUUUUUCUGAGCCCCGAUCUGCCUGGCAUUCCCUCAAUCUUCUUUUGCCUAAAUCUGAUGCUGAGACUAAGAAGAACAUGGGCACACAGACUGUUGGCCUGUUCUACCCAUCUGGCAAGCUGCUAGCAAAGAAGGAACUGGAACUGGCUUCUCACAGGCAGAGGCAGGAGAAAAUGAGUGACCACAAACCUCUGCUCACAGCUGUCAGCCCAGGAAGAGGAUACUGGAGAAAACAGUUGGAGCAUAUCUCUGCUCACCUCCGGUCUUAUGCUCAGAACAACCCUGAAUUCCGGGCCUUGAUUGCAGAACCCAGGAUGGGAAAGCUUCUCUCUGCUACUGUGCAUGAAGAUGGUUAUGAAGUUAGCAUCAGGCUGAAUUAUAAUCAAGUCUCAAACAAGAGCCUUUACCUGAAUAAGAUGAAUUUCGCCGACCACCUCCUGGGCAGCGCCAUGGAGCGUGGUGAUGGGCUGUACAGCAGCAGGUCCAGCUGGGUGAGUGACUACAGCCAGCAUGCCUCAGAACCCACUGAGAAGAUCAUGAGGACAAAGAAUUUCAAGACCAAAAACUUUCCAGAAAAGGAGCAGCUCAUACCUGAGAACAAACUCCUGCUGAAAGAAGUCGGACCUGCUGGGGAAGGAAGAGUCUCUAUGAUUGAACAGCUGCUGGAUGAAGGAGCAGACCCCAACUGCUGCGAUGAAGAAGACCGGCCUGUGCUGACCGUGGCUGUUGUGAACAAUCACCCUGAAGCGAUCCCGGUUCUCGUGCAGAGAGGAUCGGACAUUGACCAGCCGUGGGGACCGUUCAAAAAUACAGCACUUCAUGAAGCAAUUCUCCUUGGCCUGGCAGGAAGGGAGUGCAUCGCCACUUUACUGGGAUGCAAUGCAAGCAUCCAGAAGAAGAAUGCCGGGGGCCAGACAGCAUACGACCUGGCUCUGAGCACUGGCAGUGACCUCAUCACCUCGCUUUUUGCAGCUAAGUUUGGCCAAGGGCUCGAGGACCAGCUCAUGCAACCCAAGAGCCUCAGCCUGGAUGACCAUUAUGCCUGAGGCCUCCACAGGGCUUCAUGUAAAGAAGCCCCACAGCCCUGGCGAUGCUUUGUUUGUUUCUUUCUGAAAUUUGUAUUUCAGGUUAGAAAUUGAGGUUGAGAGGAACUUACAAGAUUUUUGUUGUUUAAAAAAAAUUUCCAUUUGUCUUCUUCAGAGAAGGUUGUGUUCAGGUCUCUUGCCCACUUAUACAUGUGGUUGCUUAUUCUUGUUGACUAAUGUUCUGUGUAGAUUCUAGUUACCAGUCCUGUGUCAGAUUUACAGCAUGCAAGUAUCUUCUCCCAUUCUAAAGGCUUCCAAGUCAUGGAGUCAACCCAAUAGCCCAUCAAUCCAUGAAUAGAUUAAUAAGC